CGAGUUACUUAAACCGGAAGUUGGACGUGGAGAACGAAAAUUGUUGCAACAGCCAAAAGAAGAAUUUUCCAGUAAACACUCGACGGAAAGACGUUUUGAAAGAAAAUUUUGUUGUGGUUUACAGGCGUUAACUUCUUUGAACAGUGCCUAGACAAUGAGGACUUCAUAAAGAUCAGGAUAUUUGUUUGAAAGUGAAUCGAAAGAAGAGACAUAUGUCUCAUUCCUGUUCGAGGAAAUCCUGAAUACAAUUCUGUUCGUAAAUCUCAUAUUGUACCGGUUAGACUUAUAACAGAAAAAUGGUUUUAGCAGACUUGGGAAGGAAAAUUACUUCCGCCCUUCGGUCUCUGGGCAAUGCCACUAUUAUCAACGAAGAGGUUCUAAAUGAAAUGCUGAAGGAGAUCUGCAAAGCACUAAUUGAAGCAGAUGUCAAUAUAAAACUUGUCAAGACUCUUAGAGAAAAUGUCAGGUCCGUCAUUGACUUUGAUGAAAUGGCAGGUGGCUUGAACAAGAGGAGAAUGAUACAGUCAGCUGUUUUUAAAGAACUCGUCAAACUGAUUGAUCCUGGAGUGAAGGCCUGGACACCCACAAAAGGCAAAAACAAUGUGAUCAUGUUUGUUGGGCUUCAAGGAAGUGGUAAAACCACCACCUGUACCAAACUUGCGUAUUAUUAUCAGAAGAAAGGCUGGAAGACAUGUUUGAUUUGUGCUGAUACGUUCCGUGCAGGAGCCUUUGAUCAGCUGAAACAGAAUGCCACCAAAGCCAGAAUUCCAUUCUAUGGAAGUUACACAGAGAUAGACCCAGUGUUGAUAGCCCAGGAGGGAGUGGAGAAAUUCAGGUCCGAGAAUUUUGAGAUCAUCAUUGUUGACACCAGUGGUCGUCAUAAACAGGAGGACUCCCUAUUCGAAGAAAUGUUACAAGUCAACAAUGUCACUAGUCCAGAUAACAUUGUUUUUGUGAUGGAUGCUUCAAUUGGUCAAGCUUGUGAGGCACAGGCCAAAGCGUUCAAAGACAAGGUAGACAUCGGAUCAGUCAUCAUCACUAAAUUGGAUGGUCAUGCUAAAGGUGGAGGUGCUCUCAGUGCGGUGGCAGCCACAAAGAGUCCUGUAAUAUUUAUUGGAACGGGAGAACACAUUGAUGAUUUUGAACCAUUCAAAGUGCAACCUUUUGUCAGCAAACUUUUGGGUAUGGGGGACAUCGAGGGUCUGAUAGACAAAGUAAACGAAUUGAAGCUGGAUGACAAUGAAGACCUGAUGAAAAAACUGAAACAAGGUCAGUUCACAUUAAGGGAUAUGUAUGAACAGUUCCAGAACAUUAUGAAAAUGGGUCCUUUCAGUCAAAUCAUGGGGAUGAUCCCAGGGUUCAGCUCAGAUUUCCUGACCAAAGGAGGAGAACAAGAGUCCAUGGCCCGGCUGAAGAAGCUCAUGACCAUAAUGGACAGCAUGAAUGACAAAGAGUUGGACAGUUUGGAUGGGGAGAGGCUAUUUACCCGUCAGACGGGCAGAAUUCAAAGAGUUGCUAGAGGAGCUGGUGUGUCUAUUAGGGAAGUCAAUGAACUUUUGGCACAGUACAAGAAGUUUGCUCAAAUGGUGAAGAAGAUGGGAGGCAUUAAAGGACUUUUCAAGGGUGGAGAUAUGAGUAAGAAUGUGAAUCCGUCUCAGAUGGCCAAGCUGAAUCAACAGAUGGCAAAGAUGAUGGACCCGAGGGUGUUACAGCAAAUGGGGGGAAUGCAGGGCCUCCAAGGCAUGAUGAGACAGUUCCAACAGGGAGCCGCUGGAAAAUUCGGAAACAUGUUUGGAAAUAUGGACAGAUAGUAAACUGGGAAUCAUGGGAUACUACACUGGGAAUCGAGGACAGAAAUCCUGAAAAUGGAUUGCAAUAUCGAGUCAUGUUGUGUCUCGUUGUGUGGCUUCAUGGGUUUAAAAUUGUUACAUUGUCUUAUACAUCUGUUUCUUCAUUCUUAUCAUCAUUUUGUUUUGAUAUCAUGUGCCACAUUUAGGAUCCUUAUAUCGCAAAGAAAUUCAUAUUGAUUUUAUGUCUUUGGAAAAAAUUCAUAUGUUCGAUUUUAUGUAUGUGGUUGACUGAUACUACUUUGUGUUUUACGAGGAUGUAAAUAUGAUCGUUUGUAAUGUGUAGAAUCAUGGACAAUGAUUACAAAGUGAUGCAGAAGGUAAUAUGUAUAAUUUGUAUACGGAUAAGGACUUAUACAGCGUUUACAGAGUUGGUAAGACUGAGAAUUAAAUUAAACAAACUCCUCAA